UGCAACCACAGAUUAGUAAUGAGCUCCACAUCACUGCUGGCCCUGCUGGGGGUCACCUUCUUGCUGCCCUGUGUGCACGCUUUGGACUGCCAGUGGGCGGCCAUAGAGACUGUGUUGAACACCUCACAGAUGCCCGUGGAGUGGACAAAUGGCAAGAAAACCUGUGACUUCGGCGAUGGUUGCCAAGACACGUUAAUGCUCAUAGAGAAUGGACCCCAAGUGAACUUGGUGCUCACAAAGGGCUGCACUUCAGAAAAGGAUCACGAGGUCCAAGUCACUGAGCACAGGACAGGCCCUGGGCUCUCUGUCAUCUCCUACACUCAUGUGUGCCGUCAUAGAGACCUCUGCAAUGACCUGUCCACCUCUGUCCCUCUCUGGUCCCUGCAUACUGAAAAAGUCCUAGGGACCCUGCAGUGCCCAGUCUGCUUUUCCAGAUACAACUGUCCAGAGAAGGCUUCACAGCAGUUCUGCCCUGUGGGACAGACUCACUGCUACAAUGGAGUCCUCAAGCUCAGAGGAGGGGGAAUUGCCACCAAUCUGAAAGUACAGGGGUGCUUGCCCAAACCAGGCUGUGACCUGCUCAAUGGGACCCAGAAAAUUGGCCCCAUUGCUGUGAGUGAGAACUGCAAUCCUAAGUCAGGUGCGCAGGCCCUGGAAUGCAAGUGGGGGGCAAUCGAGGCCGUAAGGAAUGUGUCAGAACUGCCCCUCCAGUGGACAACUGGCUGGGAAUCCUGCGCCCAAGGCCAGGGUUGCCAGGAAACGGUGAUCCUCGUGGUGAAUGGACCCCUCGUGAAUGUGGUGCUCACAAAGGGCUGUACUGAGGCGGAGGAUCAAGAAGGCCGCAUCAGUGAGCACAGGAAGGGCCCCGGACUCACCAUCAUCUCCUACACGCGCGUGUGCCGCCAUAAAGACUUCUGCAACGACCUGUCCUCCACCGAUGCCUUCUGGACCCCGCCCCCUGCUGCAGUCCUAGGGACCCUGCAGUGCCCAGUCUGCUUUUCCAGAUACAACUGUCCAGAGAAGGCUUCACAGCAGUUCUGCCCUGUGGGACAGACUCACUGCUAUAAUGGAGUCCUCAAGCUCAGGGGAGGGGGAAUUGCCACCAAUCUGAAAGUACAGGGGUGCUUGCCCAAACCAGGCUGUGACCUGCUCAAUGGGACCCAGAAAAUUGGCCCCAUUGCUGUGAGUGAGAACUGCAAUCCUAAGUCAGAUACUCUGACCUGUAACCGGGGGGUCAUGUUGCAGAUGGGGAGAAAGUUGGCUCAAGACCCCGUUGAAUGGACCUCAUCCUCGAACCAGAUGUGUGAUCCUGAGGAGGUGUGUCAGGAGACACUGAUGCUCAUAGACGUAGGACACAGAUCUCUCCUAAUGGGGAGCAAAGGCUGCAGCAAGGCUGGGGCACAGAACUCUCAGGCUGUCUCCUUACACUCCCGGCUGCCUGGAGUGCUGGUUGCCUCCUAUGUCCGGGUCUGCUCCUCUGACCUGUGCAACAAUGCUGGCAGCAGCAGUGUCCUGCUGGCCUCCCUUCCUAAGCCAGCUGCUCCUGCCCCAGGAGGCCUGCAGUGUCCUGCCUGUGUACAGUUUCUUGGAUCCUGCUCACAAAGCUCCAACUUAGUUACCUGCCCUAGUGGUGUCACUCAUUGUUAUGAUGGUAACAUUGCUGUCAACGGAGGUGGGUUGUCCACCACACUGAGCAUUCAAGGUUGCAUGGCCCCAGCUUCCAAAUACUUGCUGAACCACACACGGAAUGUUGGGAUCUUCUCUGUACGUGAGAACUUUGAAGAUGAUAACAAGGAGCAAAGCCGUGUAUCCCCAAGUGGAGUAGCCCGGGCCACAUACCUGCUCUGGGUGAUGGGGAUGGGGCUAUUCCUAGCCCUUUGGAAUGGGGGACUUUAUCCUCUCUGCUAAAUCCAUCUCCCCAUGAUUCUUAACCUUUCCUGUCACCUAAACCCAACAAUUGACCUCACAAUCUAAUGGCCUUGGACACUGAAUUAUUUUCCCAUCCUCACUCUGUCUCCUGGUAAUAACAUGGUGGGUGGGGCAGGGAGCAGCUGAACUUACCCUGUAGGAGAGGGGACAUGCAAGUACUUGGCCACAUGCAUCUUAUAAUAAAGACACCCUGU